AUGGAUAAUCCUCAUGAGGAAGAGGAGAGUCCUCACGAAGAAGAGGAAAGUAAAGAGAUGCCUCCAUGGAUGAUAGAAAGAAUGAAAAAGAUCCAGGAGGAAGAAGAACGCGAAAAACAAGAAUUCGAAGCAAUGAAAGCAAAAGCUGAAAAAGAGAGAGAAGAAUUUUAUAAAAACUUAAAAGCAGAACAGGAUGCAAAGAAAUCUCAGCUUACAAAGACAUACGUUCCUGAAAAAAAGAUAGAUGAUGAUGAUUUAAUUGGAGGAUGGCAAGAAGUACUUGAAAUUGCAAAGCCAAUACGUAAAGAUGUCCCGGCAAAGCAGUCCAAGAUGGUUAAAAACUUAUUUUUCAAUCUCAAAACUCAAGAUGCCGAAUAG